GCCGUAUCCCACUCGCGCUGUAAUUCCCGUGGAAUAACCCCGUGGGAUAUUUCCCCCCACCUCCCCAAACCGCGCGCGGGGCCGGCCCGCCCGCGCUCCCCCCCCCCACUCCGCGGCCUGCCCGCGCUCCCUGUCACGUGACACGCACGCCUCCCCCCUCCCGCCGGCGCGCGCGGCUCCAUGGUGGGAGGAGGUGGCUCCCAAGAUGGCGGCGGGCGCGGUGAGGCAGGACCUGGCGCAGCUGAUGAACUCCAGCGGCUCCCACAAGGACCUGGCCGGAAAGUACCGUCAAAUAUUGGAAAAGGCCAUUCAGCUGUCGGGUGUGGAACAGCUUGAAGCUCUCAAAGCUUUUGUAGAAGCAAUGGUGAAUGAGAAUGUCAGUCUGGUGAUCUCACGGCAGCUGCUGACAGAUUUCUGUACACAUCUUCCAAGUCUCCCUGACAGCACAGCCAAAGAAAUUUACCACUUCACCUUGGAAAAGAUACAGCCCAGAGUUAUUUCAUUUGAAGAACAGGUGGCUUCAAUAAGGCAACAUCUUGCAUCAAUCUAUGAGAAAGAAGAAGACUGGAGAAACGCAGCACAAGUGUUGGUGGGGAUCCCUUUGGAAACAGGGCAAAAGCAGUACAAUGUAGAUUAUAAACUUGAGACCUACCUGAAAAUUGCCAGGCUGUAUCUGGAGGAUGAUGACCCAGUUCAAGCAGAAGCUUACAUCAACCGAGCUUCCCUGCUUCAGAAUGAAUCAACUAAUGAACAGUUGCAAAUCCAUUAUAAGGUUUGCUAUGCUCGGGUGCUGGACUACAGAAGGAAGUUCAUUGAGGCUGCCCAGAGGUACAACGAGCUGUCCUACAAGAGCAUAGUCCAUGAGACUGAGCGCCUGGAGGCACUGAAACACGCGCUGCAUUGUACUAUUUUGGCAUCAGCAGGCCAACAGCGUUCCCGCAUGCUUGCUACUCUCUUCAAGGAUGAAAGAUGCCAGCAGCUUGCAGCCUAUGGGAUCUUGGAGAAAAUGUAUCUGGACAGAAUUAUCCGUGGAAAUCAACUGCAAGAGUUUGCAGCCAUGCUAAUGCCUCACCAGAAAGCGACUACAGCUGAUGGUUCCAGUAUUCUGGACAGAGCUGUUAUUGAACACAACUUACUAUCUGCAAGCAAACUUUACAACAACAUUACCUUUGAAGAGCUUGGAGCAUUACUAGAGAUCCCUGCAGCCAAGGCAGAGAAGAUCGCUUCUCAGAUGAUAACUGAGGGUCGCAUGAACGGAUUCAUUGAUCAGAUUGAUGGAAUUGUUCACUUUGAGACCCGUGAAGCUUUGCCAACUUGGGACAAGCAGAUUCAGUCCCUGUGUUUCCAGGUGAACAACCUGCUGGAGAAGAUCAGUCAGACGGCCCCGGAGUGGACAGCACAGGCCAUGGAGGCACAGAUGGCUCAGUGACCGUGCCCUGCUGUCACCUGCCUGCUGUGCCGGCAGGGGGAGCUGAGCAGGACUGGGAAACAAACACAACGCUGUCCUCACUUCCCCAUCUUGUGCUUUCACUAUGGCUUAGGACACAGCUAGCUGAUCCCAUGUUUGGUGUGACAGGCUCCCAGUUCUCUGAGCUUAGCUCGAUGCUCUUGCUGCCUCUGCCUUGCACUCUGCUCUGUGGUUUUCAUUUUAAAGAAGCUGUAAUGUCUGCAGCAAGCUUUGGGUUUGGUUUAUUUAAUUUUAUUUUUUUUCCACUGUAUUGCUAUAGCUUUGUAGCCCAUUACUUCCUAUGGUGCGUGUUCUGCUGUGAAAAUAGAAGCACCAUGUUUCUUUUAGUUGUAAUUAUUCUAAUAAAGGCUGAGAUAAGCCACUUGGUUUAAGUGUUGUAAGGACUUGUGGUUUUGGUUCUUUGGUUUUGUUUUCAUAUUUUUCUUAAACAGUAACUUGAAAUAAAAUAGAUUUUUGUAAUUGCA